AUGGCGAUUAUUUGCCGUCACCGGUAUAUAUUACAUUUACUAUUUGUGUUACCAUUACUUUGUUAUUGCUAUGAAAAAACAUUACGAAAAAUGGUUAGAAACCAAUCUAAAAUGAUACAACAACCAUUCAGCGUUAGUGAUAACGUGCACGGAAGCAUGGCGUGGAGGAACAAGACAUUAGUUCAAGGAAAUGAAGUUUUUAUACACCCAGGGUAUUCACAGGUCAAGACAUUUAUGCAUAGGGUCCAAUUUCCAAAAAUUUCUACCAUACUAUCGUCAAUGGAUUCUCACAGCAAGGCAACGUAUUCAAAAACAAAAUUAUCAAAUGCGGGCAACAUAGGUUCCCUAGAGUUCAGACUAUCAAAGAAUAGUCUCAAAAAUUUGACAAUGGCUUUGUCUCCAACUACCGAAGAGAGUUACCGGUUUUACCCGCCAAGACAUACAAACAACUCGCAUGAAACAGCCGCAGGUGCUUAUUACGAGAUACCACAAAGGCCGACAGCCUCACAAUUCUUCCCUUCUUCUAACGACGGUGAUUUACAAAGUGUGGAACAAAAGUCAUUCAGCAAAGAUGCCUUAGUAAUACCUCCUAACCCUAAAAAUGACAAAGAAAGCAAAAGCCCUGUUCUAAAAGGGAUGUUCAUAGGAGACACAAAACAUAAUAGGUCUUCACAUACAGUAAAGGACUCAAAAAAUAAUGGCGUAUUGAAAGCCGAAAGUGAUGAUAAGGUGGACUACUUGAUUCAAAAAAAUGCUCCUGUUGUAGCUCCUGCCUACAAUUACAGUGUAAAUGUAAAUCCUUAUGUUUGUGUCGCUAUUCAAAAGGUGCAAAGUGAUAUUGAUGCCCAAACAAAAUUCAUCGGUCUUGACAUUGAGCCUCAGUGGAUGUUCAAAAAUCAGUUCUGGGAUCACAUCUUUGAAAGUCGAUAUGAAUAUUUAAUGAGGAGUUCGAGUUGGCCUUCUUUACAUGUGAUUUUGAUGCCGUCCACGCACGUUGAUUCUAUUUGGAAACGAAGCUUCGAACACUACCAUGUUAAUUCAGUUAAAAAAAUACUGUCGAAUGUAGUAAAAAAACUACAUUUCUAUACAAAUUUUACCUUCACAUGGCAUGAAGUAUCACAUUUGAGUCAAUGGUGGAAAAAGACCACACCAAGAAAUCGAUCGAUUUUUAGAAAACUACUGAAAAGUGGAAGACUGGAAAUCACUACUGGUGGUUGGGUUGAAACAGAAGAGUCAACAUCACAUUUAUUUGGUCUAGUCCAUCAAUUAAUAGAAGGUCAUCAGUGGCUGAAACGUCAUUUAAAUUAUUCACCGAAAGUGGGUUGGUCAAGUAAUAGCGUAACGCACAGUCCGACAUUUGUAUAUCUGUUGUCGGCUUCUGGUAUAUCAUAUCAUGUCAUAACAAAUCUUCACUACUCAUGGGAACAAUAUUUUGCCGAAUUUCAGUACAGUGACUUCAUCUGGCUUCAAGACUGGGAUAGCGAUAUAAACAUUCAAACAAAUCUUAAUAAACACUUAAAUAGAAUAGGUUACGAACGAUAUCCAAAACACGCAGUCUUAACUCAUAUUCUGCAAUUCAAUGCAGAUAAUUAUGAGGGAUGUGGACCCAAUAAAAAUAUAUGUACGAAGAAUUUUGAUUUCAGCAAAUUUUAUGAGAAUAUUGAAGUACAUUCUUACAAUAUCAAACAGAAAGCUGAACUUCUACUGGAACAGUAUUCUAAAACUGGGACAUUAACACCCCAUAACGUACUCAUAGCAUCUUUAGGUGGUCGCUAUAGAUAUGAAUCACAAGUUGAAUUCGAUUACCAAUAUAACAACUACCAAAGACUUGCUGACUUUGUUAACAUAAAUAGUAAUAUUUAUAAAGCUAAUAUUGAAUUUGGUACUCCUACAGAUUAUUUUAACACAGUACUAAAGAAGCAUAAAAAGUACCAAAAGCUGAAGGGAGAUUUUUCAAACUUUGCUGAUAUAAAAACAGGCACACCCGCUUAUUGGACAGGAUUUUUCACGACGAGACCUAUGCUGAAAAUCUUGCUUAGGCGAAUUGAAUCAACUCUUCGGACCACUGAAAUCAUGUUAGCCUUCGCGACUAAUUUCAAUGUCUUACCUCAUUACAAUUCAACAAAUCUGUUUAAUAUUUUAGUUAAAGCACGUGAAACUGUUGCUCGUUUACAAGAUAGGCAUGUAGUUGGAGGUACUCUCAAUAUUAUGAGCCUUCAAUAUGUUUACAAAAAUAUUUUAUCUACUGUGAAAGGGUGUUGGUACAUUCAAGAGGUUGUUGCAAGCUUACUUACUAUGAAACAAAAUUUAACUAAUCCAGUCCCAUAUCUCAAAAAGCUUGUGUACAGGGAAGGGGAGUAUACUAACGUUUUUAAAACUGUAAGUCCAGGUGAUCAAAUCUUUGUCUUAAAUUCUCUGGGUCAGGAAAGAACUGAAAUAGUGGAAAUGGUGACGAAACAACCAAAUAUACGGAUUGUAGACUACAAUAGAAAAGAAAUAACAAUUCAAAUUUCUCCUAUGUGGACAUACAAUUCGGACGGCUUGAUUAAAAUAUCUAGCACGUUUUUCAAAAUAUCCUUUUAUAUUGUUGUUCCACCAAUGACAUUGGAAUUAUAUAGAAUUAAAGAUACAUAUGAUGCCACAAGUAAUGCAGCAACUGUGUACUGUAGUAAUUGUAUCGUGGAUGGAGAAGGCGGUCCAGCUACAGUGUUACCAUUCCCAUUUAUCAUACAGCCAGUUCAACCUGGAGACGUGCAAUUGGAAAGUUAUAAACACAGAAUAAUAAUUGAUGAGAUUACAGGUUUUUUGAAAACUGUCUUAGAAAAAGAAACAAAUAUAGAAAAACCUGUGAUAAUCGAUUACGGAGCCUUUAAAAGUUCAGAUGUAAAUGCGGGAAUGUUUUUAUUUAACACGAAUAUAACCAAACCAUUACAUGAUAUUUUGUCGCCAUAUCGAAUUGGUUUGAAAACUAAAGUAGCAAUUAUAAUAGCUGGAAUAGUGACAUCUGAAAUGACUACCAUAUAUGGACAUCUAUUACAGCACACUAUCAAAUUAUUUAAUCUCAUGAGUACUCCAUUAGCCAAUGCCAUUUCUAUCGAAAGCAAAGUAGAUUUUGAGGCUUCUCCUAAAAAUAGAGAAUUUGAAUUAUUUAUUUCCAUUAAAAGCGAUAUUAAUAACGACAAAAAUAAUCCUGAAAUUUAUAUUGACAACAAUGGAUUCCAAUAUACACCACAUUUACUGAAUAUAAGUAAUAGAAUUGAAUCUAAUAUUUAUCCAAUGACUAGUAUGUCUUUUAUCCAAGACCACAGAAGUAGAAUGACCAUUUUAACGGAUCAUGCACAAGCAGUUACAGCCUUACAAGAAGGUCAUUUGCUUAUCAUGUUGGAUAGGAGAGUUUUAUUCAACGACGGUAGAGGCACCCACGAGGGUUUAGCUGACAGUAGUCCCACAUAUCAUCGACAUUUCUUAUUAUUGGAAAAUUUUGUAGAUUCUGCGAACAAAUAUAGUAAUUUAGAAUUAAAAUUACCAAGUUUUACGGCGAACCGUCUUGCCAAAUUUUUGGAUAACAAUCCAGAUAUAUUUUUAGUUGAUAAAAAAUUUGUGGAUCAUACACAUUAUGCAUUUUUGCCUUUGAUAAAGGCUUCUUUUCCUUGUGAUGUUUCUGUUAUAAAUUUCAGAGUAAUUGUCAAUAAAUCACUGCAACCAUUUGCUCCGACUGCAGCUUUAUUGGUGUUACACAGACAAGGUGUAACGUGCCGCAUAGAUGAUUCAGCUCUAUUAAACUGCAAUGGUGAGACAAGUUUUGAUGUGGAAAAUAUUCUUCGUCACACUAAAGCAGUUUUACACACAAACUUAGUGGGAACAAGUGAAGGCAUGCCUAUAAAUACAAUUAACAAUGAAAACUUCCCAGCUUUAGAACUAAUGACUUUGAAAAUAUAUUUUUAG